AUGACAGGAGUUCGUAGCACACUUCCAAACCCAGCCUCCUUAGUCGAGAGCUCAACACAUAGAUUCCUCAUCUUUGAUGCCCCAAACGAUGACAAUUUACAAUUAUAUAUUAAUGAACUUAGAAAAUACAAUAUAUCACAUUUGGUACGCGCAUGCGAUCCAACCUAUUCAACUGAACCACUCCAAUCGAUCGGAAUUCAGGUUCACGACAUGCCAUUCCCUGACGGUGGUGCACCUUCCGAUUCAGUGGUUGAAAACUGGUUAAAGAUAUUAAAAGAUUCUUAUAAGAAGGAUGGAAAGGAGACAGUUGGCGUCCAUUGUGUUGCUGGACUUGGAAGAGCUCCAGUGUUGGUAGCUAUUGCUUUAAUUGAAGGUGGAAUGAACCCACUUCAAGCAGUGGAGUACAUUCGUGAGAGAAGAAGAGGUUCAAUCAACAUCAAACAAAUUCAAUAUCUUAAGAACUACAAGAGCAAGAAGAAGGGAAGUUGUCUCAUCAUGUAG